UCUUCGGCGGGCAGCAGCGCGCAAUCCGUGCAGCAUCUCGCUCGCCUCCCCGGCGUGCCUGUGUCCCCGAGUCCAAACCGGCCGCCUCCUCCUGCGGCGCUUCCGACGGCUGCGGUCUGUCCCCAGCGCGCAAGAUGCUGAUCGCCGGCUUCGAGCUGCUCUCUGCGCUGGCCACCGCCGCCGCUUGCCUGGCCUCGCUGACGCUGCUGCUGGCCGUCUCGCAGCAACUGUGGCAGCUGCGCUGGGCCGCCACGCGCGACAAGAGCUGCAAACUGCCCAUCCCGAAGGGCACCAUGGGCUUCCCGCUGGUGGGCGAGACCUUCCACUGGCUGCUGCAGGGCCCCGGGUUCCAGUCCUCGCGGCGGGAGAGGUACGGCAACGUCUUCAAGACCCACCUGCUGGGCCGGCCGCUGAUCCGCGUGACGGGCGCCGAGAACGUGCGAAAGAUCCUGAUGGGCGAGCACAGCCUGGUCAGCACCGAGUGGCCUCGCAGCACCCGCCUGCUCCUGGGCCCCAACACCGUGGCCAACUCCAUCGGCGACGUCCACCGGCACAAGCGGAAGGUCUUCUCAAAAAUAUUCAGCCACGAAGCUCUGGAAAGUUACCUGCCCAAGAUCCGGCUGGUGAUUCAAGAGACCCUGAGAGCUUGGGGCAGGAACCCUGACCCCAUCAACGUCUACCACGAAGCCCAGAAGCUCACUUUCCAUAUGGCCAUCCGGGUCCUUCUGGGGUUCCGAAUCCCAGAUGGGGAGCUUAGCCAGAUGUUCGAAGUCUACCAGCAAUUCGUGGAGAAUGUCUUCUCCUUACCUGUGGACCUGCCCUUCAGUGGCUACCGUAAGGGGAUUCGUGCGAGGGAGAUUUUGCAGAAGGGCUUAGAAAAAGCCAUCCGGGAAAAGCUGCAGAAUUCCCAAGGCAAAGACUACCUGGAUGCUCUGGACCUCCUGAUCGAAAGCGGCAAAGAACACGGCAAGGAGCUGACCAUGCAGGAGCUGAAGGAUGGCACCCUGGAGCUGAUCUUCGCUGCCUAUGCCACCACUGCCAGUGCCAGCACCUCUCUGAUCAUGCAACUGCUGAAGCAUCCGGCGGUCCUGGAGAAACUUCGCGAAGAGCUGAGGAACAAGGGCCUCUUGCACAACGGCUGCCUCUGCGAGGGGGCCCUUCAGCUGGAGACCGUCCACAGCCUCCAGUACCUGGACUGUGUCAUCAAGGAGGUGCUCCGGCUUUUCACCCCCAUUUCGGGGGGGUACCGGACGGUGCUGCAGACCUUUGAGCUGGAUGGCUUCCAGAUCCCCAAAGGCUGGAGCAUCAUGUACAGCAUCCGAGACACCCAUGACACAGCUCCCGUCUUCAAAGAUGUGGACGUCUUUGACCCCGAUCGCUUUGGCCAGGAGCGCAGCGAAGACAAAGAUGGCCGCUUCCACUACCUGCCCUUCGGCGGAGGGGUACGGACCUGUCUCGGCAAACAUCUGGCCAAGCUGUUCCUCAAAGUGCUGGCCAUCGAGCUAGCCAGCACAAGUCGAUUCGAACUGGCCACCAGGACUUUCCCUCCGGUGACCCUGGUGCCCGUGGUCCACCCGGUUGAUGGACUCAAGGUCAAAUUUUUUGGACUCGACUCAAAUCAGAACGAAAUCUUGACAGAGAGAGAGGCCAUGUUGGGGGCCACCGUGUAGGCCGAAGGCUCCUCUGGGCUGGCGAGGGGGAAGCGACUGGAACGGAGAGGGGGAAGGAAGAAGCUCGACCCACCACUGAUGAUGGAGAAGGGCUGACCUUGGUGGACACAUUCGGCAAAGCCUUCUCCAGCGAAUAUGCCAAAAACUGUGGGGGUGAUUUACUCUGGGGGUGAACGGCGGAUUUCUCCUCCGUGGCUUCUGUUCGGUUUUGUGUUUGAACACCGGCGAAAAGCGAAUUGUGUUGACCAUAAUCAGCGUAUGUAUGUGUGUAUAUACACUUACUUUCAAGUGUUAAAUCAGGCAGUGUCAUCCCACAGUAGUCGGGAACUCUUCUUGUCUUUGCUAUUCAAAGUGGCCGAGGGACUCCCGAGUGGGCCCUCCCCGCAGGCGUGCUUGGGGUCAGGCAUACCCACAACACCCAGGAGGGCAGGGGAUCAGGAAGAUGGCUGGGGAAGGCAAAAGGCCCAGCCGGGGGUUUCGCAAAGCUUUGAGGUGGGGCCUGGAGUUCUGCACAGCUGCCAUCCCUUCUCUUCCUUCGGAAGCUGCCCAAAGGGGCCUUUUUCUCUAGCCUGGUGUGGCAAAUAAAGGCUGUGGAUUCUGGAGAAAACUCCUGGGUCGCCUCCUCCGUGGCCCUCAGUUCCGGGGAAGCCCACGCCUGGGCCAUGGCCCCAGAAGGUCACUUGAGGCCCUCAGCUGCUGCUUUCUUGCUUUCCUUGUGUCCCUGCAAGCCCCCCUCCUCAAUGAGGCAGGCCCUGGGGCCCCUUGCCAGAGAGGCUUCAAUCCCAAGACCCGAAGUUCUUCCUUUACCAGAAGUGGCUCCAGAAGAUUUUUGAGAAGGGAAGUUUAGAUCUCUUUCCCUGAGAGGGUCCUUGGUGCUCUCCGAGCUGGGCUGUUUUCUUGCAGACGUCUCAUUUCCUAACAAGGUAACGUCAUCAGUGCUAGUAGGGAGUGAGGUUUGCUCAUAAAUACUCUCUACUAGCACUGAUGAUGUUACCUAGUUUGGUAAGAUGAAACAUCUGCCAGAAAACAACCAAGGACUCCUCAUUUCAACCUCCAGUUAUAAAUAUUCUCCUCUUUUGGUCUAUCCAUAGACACGCGUGCAUUUCAUUUAGUCCGGGAUAACGCCUGUUUGAUUGACCUUUCCUAGCUAAUAUAACUUGACUAAAAAAAAAAGGAAUAUUAAAAUGUUACUGCAGUGGAUUUGCAGAAUGAAGCACUUUCGAGACUCAGAAUCUGUGUUUGUCUUGUGUUCCUUUUGAUUGCUUAGCACAGUUCCCGUUGGCGCUAUUAUUAUUUUAUACAAGAAAAGCGGUGGGCUCGUUUUGUCUGAGUUUAUAAACUAUAAGUAUUAUUUUUGUUAUUAAGUCAGAAUGGAUAUUUAGUCUAAUAAUAUUGCUGUCUCAAAUGUGUGUUAUUUAGUAAAAUAUGAAUGAUCCCA